CCAACCUACGUAUACACUAACAAAAUAUGGAGAGGCUACCGGCUGAGCUACAGACCGAGGUCUGCUCAUACCUCUCGCGUGUUGACCUUCUCGCCCUUUCGCGCACCUGUGUCUCACUAGCUGCCUCCGCGAAGCCUUUCCUUUUCGAGACCCUCACAUUUCACGGGGACGACCAAGUCAGCGAUCAGCAUGCUCUGCUUCGGAUUCCCGUCGACUCGACUUACACAAACUUUACGAGACCUGUCGAGUUGGCCUCGUUGGAAACAACGAUCGACAAGGCGAUGAGGCUGGGCAUAUCAAAGUACGCCAAAACAUUACAAUACAGUCCGAAAGUCUAUGUCGCCAAUUUUUGGCCCCAGUAUCGCGACUGGGUUGAAGAGCAGAUCAAUGUGGAGGUCAGCGAGAACGAAAUGGACGACGGGUCCGAUGCGUGGGACUCGGACGAUGAAUGGGGGUCCGUUGGGAUUCGGCGGGCAGUAGAAGCAAGACGGAACAGGCCCGAAGCAGAACGCGAAGCGAGUUCAAAAGCGGAACUUUUUUGGGAUGCCAAGGUUCUGGAGCAGGAGCAGAGGAAUCAUGCUAACCACGCUGCUCUGGUGCGUAUGUUCAAGCAAAUGCCUAAAUUACACAGCCUGCAGGUCAUGCAAUGGGACUCCACACGUGAGCUUGAGGCACAUGGAAUAAAGGGACGCGUCGAUGAGGAAGUUGUAGGCCAGUUCUCCGACUUUGAUAUCCUUAACGCACAUCUCGAGACGCUGGGUAAUGCGGUCCAGGAAGCUGGUAUUCGCAUCGAACACCUACUUCUUCCGACCGUGUCAGGGCGUGACAUUGCCCGGACUCCGGCUGUGCAGCACCUGUUUGGCGCACUCACCUCUUUAUCGUUAGACCUGUACCGCCCAGUAGAGAUGCUUGCCAAUUACAGUGGUGGUCCCGCAUCCUUACGCACUCUCUUCCGUUGUGCUCGGAAUACACUACGGAAGCUAGAGUUUAACAACUUCUUCCGUGUUCACUACCAUCUCCCUGAUAGGGGAGAACACUUGUUGGAAAACCUUUGGGGCGAAGAUCCAGACAGUGAAACAGGCACCUUUGUUUUUCCCAGACUCGAGCAUUUACAGUUUGGUACCCUGAUACUCUAUGCACCCUCGCUAAUCAAAUUUCUUCGAGUGCAGCCGGAGCUGAAGCGGGUAGUCUUUAGGUAUGUUUAUCUGGGUACGCUCGGUUAUAGUUGGGCCGAUGUUGCUGCCAAUUUACCGUCUUCUUGUCGCUCCUUGUACAUAUCCGUUUGUGGAGGUCAGACAACGCCAAAAGUUCAUCCUGACCCUGCACCCAAUUCGGAACUGGCUUACAACCACAUCGCGCCGUUUAUAACGAAUAGGCCCCCC